AUGUCAUCCACUUGGCCUUGGCACUUCAUCACUGUCUCUGAAGAGGAGAAAUCUCAGCGCAGGGAUUUACUUGACUUGCGCGGUGUCAUCGCGCAGGGUUCAAUCCUUGUGGUGAUCAUCGUACUUCGAGUUUACCAAGCCUGGGCCACAGCCCAGAUACCUGGCGAUGCUCCAAAACCGCGGCGUGGCCUAACCUCGUGGUGGGAUCGUCCGUUGGUCACUGGAUGGCUUGAAACCCGGAGACAGUAUCUUGUCUGCGGCGUGUGGUUAUCUUGGCUAGUGGGCCUUGCUGUAUGGAAGAGUGGAGAUGACUAUCUCCAUCUAACCAAAGCCCUGGGCCACAUCGGCCUGUCCCAAGUACCUCUCCAAGUCCUGAUGUCCCCGGCAGCAUACAUCUCAACCACCAAACCAUCCGCAGGAUCAAUCUUCUCCUUCAUCACAUCAAUCUCACAGGCAACCAUAACACCAUACCACCGUCUUUUUGGUCGCGUGGUCAUCUCGCCUCUCCUAUUCGGACACGCUUCUCUUUACCUGCUAUUCUUCGUGCAAUCAAGCCACCCAGAGUUUGGCUCCCUUCUCAGCAAGCGAGUCCGUGAUUUUGACGUACAAUGCGGUCUCCUUGCGUUGUCUACGGCGGUAUCGCUUCUUUUUUUCGUCCGGCCCCGUGGUGUUGCGCGGAAGAGCGGCACUCAGCCGGCUACGUCUAUGCAGGAGCGGAGACGGUCGUUUUAUAUCGGUCAUGUUUUAUUGGUGACUAUUUUGUGUGCUGCUGUUUAUUGCCAUGUUACGCAAGCGCAAAGGUAUAUGCUCCAGGCGCUGGGGGCUUCGGUGAUUAAUGGGGUUUGUUCUUUGGUUUUGGUUCGAUGGGGGGGAUAG